AUGGCGGGGUUCGUCCCGAAGGAGGGACCAGUACCUGCGAAGUUCUCUCCCUGCGGGGAGGAGAUUGGCGGGCGUUUUGGCACCGGUUGUUCGUCGACUAGCUUGGUUAUAAUGGUGGGAACUGCUGUUGAUACUGUUGAUAAAAAUAAUACUGUUGGAAUUGAUGAAUCUAUUACAUUUGAAUCUGCAUUGUCUGAAUGCUUUGGACGAGGUCGCUGUAUUGGGAGUGCCCGAUCCCAGGGGGAAUCAUGGAAGGCUCUGAGAAUAUGGCGCUCACCUGGGGGAGCGGGACACUCACUUGUUGGAAUAAAUGUUCCCGAUGUGUAUGUUGUAGGUAAUGUUACUACCUUUCCUAUGAAGUUGUACAAUGAGAUGGGGAGAGCAGAGCAUGCUAUCAAAGCUAGAGAGGAAGGAAAGACUAUCCAUGAGUAUGACUACCUUCCAUAUUUCUACUCUCCCUCCUUUGGUCUUUCAUGGAAGUUCUAUGGAGACAAUGUUGGAGAUACAGUGCUAUUUAGAGGCAGUGAUCCAGCAUCACCUAAGACAAAGUUUGGAUCAUAUCGGAUCAAGGAUGGGAAGAUAAUGGGGGCAUUCAUAGAGAGUGGGACACCUAAAUGGUAG